AACCCAUGUGCUCGCCGUAGACUGUGCGUGUUGUCUGAAUGUUUCUCUGUGUACUGUGUGGAGUUCAGUAUCUGUCACAGCGGUGUUGAGGUGCGGAUGAGCCGGUUCACCGGGAGCUGACAGAGAUGUUGUGGAGCUCAGCAGGUCAGCGGGGAUGUGUCGGGCUCCUCCGCUGCGGCUCGCUCGCUGUCAGGACACUCACAACCUCCGGCUGCCCUCCACGCACUUCACGCACUUCACGCUUCUUCUCCAGCUCUGCCCCCUCGAAGUGCCCCCCAACACAGGAGGAGGUGAGCCGGCCUCUGAGGCAGUGGGCUCUGGAGGUGAGCCCCUUCGGCACCGUGCGGGCACAGCUGGGCUGCAGCAUCUCCGUGCGGCCCCUGGACCCGCACGCCUUCCCGGAGGCGGACCGAGCCCUGAUCGCGGUCCACGGAUCGGACACCGAGCAGCAGCAGGAGGUCGGUCUGGAUCACUUACACGUCCGCUAUGAUGAGCAGAGACGAGAGCUGCUCAUCUCAGCUGAGAGGGUUAACAGCAGCGUGUUGAUUGAUCUGGCUGCACCAAUCAAAAGCAAUCUCUUCAUCACUACUCAGGGAAAAGGCAACGUGCAGGUGAAGAAAAUGGAGUGUGAUAUAUGCAAGGUGCAGACAGAGAAAGGCAACUGUUUGCUGGACUCUGUGAAGGGUCACGAGGUCGAAGUCAAAUCCCUUGGAGGAGAUGUCACAGGUGCGGGCACUAUCCAUGGCAAUGUGGACAUCAGCACUUGUGGAGACAGUGCAGUGGAUGUCAAGAAGCUCCAGGGCACCAGAAUGAAUGUCUCAACAGAACGUGGCCCUCUGAAGGUCAAAGCCAUCUACGCUGAGUCCAGCUGUGUCUCCUCCUGCUCUGGGAGGGUAGAACUGGGGCUUGUGCACGGUAACGCCAGUGUGACGAAUGUGUCCGGAGAUACAGUUAUUGAUGGUUCAAAUAGUUUCCUGAAGAUUUCCUCUCACAGCGGAAGCAUUGAUGUCUAUGUGGGAGACGGUGGCAGUGCUGAACUCCACAGUCAGGAAGGAGCGGUGUGUGUGCGCGUCCCCUCCUCGUUGAAAGCCGGGGUGGAGCUCCGUGGAGCGUCGGUGGAUAUCAGCUCAGAGGUUGUUCUGCAUGGAGUAGAAAACAACACAACUGAAGGCCAAACCACAAUUACUGGCUAUUUAAAUGGAGAGGCUCCAGUGGACCAGUGGGUUAAAGCUCAAGCAGACAGAGGCUUCGUCAGACUGAAGACACAAAGCUGGUUUGAGUCCCUGAAGCUGGGGAGCUGAGUUAUGAGUGACACAUGUUCGAUUCAUAAUGCUGCAUUCCUGCUCUGGGGCUUUACACUCGCAGACAGAACCAGAUUAUGGUUGUGUUUACCCAUAAGUCUGUGCUCAGGAUGUACUGUACUUUCAAUGUAUCAUCUAGUAAUUUAAAAAAUAUUCUGUAUGUGUUAAACAAUUUAGUACAUACCACUGA